AUGUCACCUGGAUCUCUGGGUUCAUGGUCAUGCUCAUCAUAUUAUUGUUAUUCACCAUCACCAGUCACUCAUCACAGUGCUAACCUGCUUCCUACUCAGAGAAUUUUCACCUUUGCUGGACCCCUCGAGUAUGCGUUGCAGGCCGUCGGCAUCUUCGCCGCCAUUUGCUCAGGGGCUGGUAUUGCUCUCCAGAACCUCAUCUUCGGCCAGUUCAUCACCCUCAUCACCGACUUUGCCAUGGGCCUAGAUAGCCCUGAUGAUUUCCGCAAUGGCGCCGCUACCCUCGCUCUUUACUUUGUCUACCUCGGCAUUGCUCGCUUCGUCCUUUCUUAUACGUACAACACCCUCCUGACCUACGCCGCUUACCGUAUCGUUCGGAACAUCCGCCAUGCCUACCUGCGUGCCGCCCUGAGUCAAGAGGUUGCAUUCUUCGACUUCGGCGUCGGCGGUUCCAUUGCCACCCAGGCCACAUCCAACGGCCGCCUCAUCCAGGGCGGCAUCACCGAAAAGCUCGGCCUCACCUUCCAGGGCCUCUCCGCCUUCGUCACCGCCUUCACCAUCGCCUUCGUCGUCCAGUGGAAGCUCACCCUCAUCUGCCUCUGCAUCGCCCCCGCCACCAUCAUCGUCAUGGGUGUCAUCGGCAGCAUCUCGGCCAUCUACGAGACCAAGAUCCUCGAGAUCUUCGCCGAGGCCAACUCCUUCGCCGAGGGCGUCCUCGCCAGUGCGCGUGCCGUCCACGCCUUCGAGAUGCGCGCCAGGCUUGUGGCCAAGUUCGACAAGUACCUGGCCGACGCCCAUAAGGUCGGCAGCAAGAACUCCCUCCUUUACGGCAUUCUCUUCUCUGCAGAGUACACCAUCAUCUAUCUCGGUUUUGCCCUCGCCUUCUGGCAGGGCAUCAACAUGAUGGCUAGGGGAGAGAUUACUUCUGCAGGAGACAUUUUCACGGUCCUGCUUUCCGUCGUCAUUGCCUCCAUCAGCUUGACCAUGUUAGCUCCGUUCUUGCUCGACUUCACCCGCGCCGCCUCGUCCGCAGCCAAGCUGUUUUGCCUAAUCGACCGCGAGUCCUCCAUCAACCCCCUCGACAGGUCCGGGGAGAGGCCCUCCGAGACGACCGGGCACUUGGAAAUUGAGAACGUCACCUUUGCCUACCCUACGAGACCUGGAAUCAACGUUUUGGACGACUUCACCCUCAACGUCCCUGCAGGCAAAGUGACCGCUCUGGUUGGACAAUCUGGCUCGGGUAAAAGCACCAUCGUGGGUCUGAUCGAGCGAUGGUACAACACCAAGUCGGGUACCAUCAAGCUGGACGGACGCCCUAUCGAGCAACUCAACCUCAACUGGCUCCGAACCAACGUCCGCCUCGUCCAACAGGAACCUGUUCUCUUCGACGGAUCCGUCUUCGAUAACAUUCGGUAUGGCUUGACCGGCACUCCCUUGGAGAACGCUUCUCGUGAGGAGCAAAUGGAGCGAGUCCAGGAGGCCGCCAAGAUGGCCUUUGCUCACGAUUUCAUCUCCGAACUGCCCCAGGGCUACGAUACCCAGAUUGGCGAGCGUGGCGGUCUCCUCUCCGGUGGUCAGAAGCAACGAGUGGCCAUUGCCCGCAGCGUGGUAUCGCAGCCCAAGGUCCUCCUCCUAGACGAGGCCACCAGCGCCCUUGACCCCCAUGCCGAGAGCAUCGUCCAGCAGGCACUCGACAAGGCAUCCGAGGGCCGCACCACCAUCGUCAUCGCCCACAAGUUGGCCACCAUCCGCAAGGCCGACAACGUCGUCGUCAUGAGCAAGGGUCGCAUCGUCGAGCAGGGAACCCACGAAUCCCUCAUCGCCCAGGACGGCACCUACGCCCGGCUGGUCAGGAUUCAGAACCUCGCCGUCUCGCAACGAGACUCUUCCACCGACGAGGAAGACGACGCGCAGACCGGCGGCGACAAAGAAGCGGACGCGGACCACGACCUCACCAAGCCCCUGACACGCUACGCCACUUCGGUCCAGGGUCGUCUGGAAUCACAGAAGGACCGCGAUAACUACGACCUCCACAAGCAGCUGGGAAUCUUACCCGUCGUCUUUCGCCUGUUCAAGGAGACCUCGGACCUGGGAUGGGCUUACUUUUUCGUCUUUGGUGGCGUCGCGCUCGGAGCUGCCGCAUUCCCCGGUCAGGCCAUCCUACUGGGCAGCUUUAUGGAGGUCUUUGCCAUGACGGGAUCCGAGAUGAUUCGGGAAGGCGAGUUCUAUGCCACCAUGUUUAUCGUCCUGGCCGCUGGAUGUUUCAUUGCCUACUUCUCACUCGGCUAUGCCAGUAACAUUGUCGCACAGCAAUUGAAUCACACAAUGAGGAGACGGAGCCUGAACGACAUGCUCCGUCAGGACCUCCGGUUCUUCGACCGCCCAGAGAACAACACCGGUGCCAUGGCGAGCCGGGUCGACUCGAACCCGCAGGCCAUCCUGGAGCUGAUGGGGUACAACAUUGCUCUCAUCUGCAUGGGUCUUCUGAACCUCAGUGCCUGCAGCAUCCUAGCCAUCGCGUAUAGCUGGCGCCUCGGUCUCGUCGUCGUUUGCGCCGGCCUGCCGCCGCUCGUCGGCACCGGCUACCUCAAAGUCCGCGCCGAUGCCAAGCUGGACCGGGAAGUCUCGGAUCGCCAUAGCACCAGCGCGUCGAUUGCUUCCGAGGCCGUGAACGCCAUUCGCACCGUCUCGUCCCUGGCUAUCGAGGAGAGCGUCCUCACGAGGUACACGGCCGAGCUGGAACAUGCCGUCUCCGGUGCUAAGCGUCCUUUGGUCGUGAUGAUGAUCUGGUUCGCCUUCACCCAGGCUAUUGAAUACUGGUUUAUGGCCCUGGGCUUCUGGUAUGGUUGCCGCCUCUUGUCGUACGGCGACGUCACAAUGUAUGCCUUCAUGAUCGCCUUCCUCGGCGUCUUCCUUGCUGGUCAGGCGUGCGCCCAGCUAUUCCAGUUCUCGACCAGCAUCACCAAGGGAAUCAACGCCGCCAACUACAUCUUCUGGCUGCACCAGCUGGAGCCGACCGUCCGAGAGACGGCUGAGAAUCGGGAGAAUGGUCCCAAGUCUGGUGGUCCCAUAGCUCUUGAAGACGUCCACUUCUCGUACCCUCUGCGUCCUGAUGCGACUGUCCUCCGUGGUGUUGACCUACAUAUCAAGAAGGGCCAGUUCGUCGCCCUAGUCGGCGCUUCCGGCUGCGGCAAAUCCACAAUGGUCGCCAUGCUCGAACGGUUCUACGACCCAACAACCGGGACCAUCCGCAUCGACGGCUCCGCCCUUACCGACCUCAACCCCCGCCUCUACCGCAGCAUCGUCUCCCUCGUGCAGCAGGAACCCACGCUCUUCCAAGGCACGAUCCGCGAAAACGUCGCCCUGGGUCUCGCCGACGACGCUACCGCUGACAACAAGGCCGGCGAGCCCUCUCCCGCCUCUUUGUCGCUUGACAUUCCCGACUCGACCAUCGAAGCGGCCCUCCGCGCCGCCAACGCAUGGGACUUCGUCUCCUCCCUCCCCGAGGGGAUGUCCACGCCGGCAGGCUCGAACGGGACGCAGCUCUCGGGCGGCCAGCGGCAACGGAUCGCCAUCGCGCGGGCGCUGGUCCGCAACCCGCGGGUGCUGCUGCUGGACGAGGCGACGAGCGCGCUGGACACGGAGAGCGAGAAGAUCGUGCAGGGCGCGCUGGCGGAGGCGGCGAAGGAGGGCGAGCGCAUCACGAUUGCGGUGGCGCAUCGGCUCAGCACGAUCAAGGACGCGGAUGUCAUUUGCGUGUUUUACGGCGGGCGCAUCGUGGAGAUGGGGACGCAUGCCGAACUCACGGCGCAGGGGGGGAUGUAUCGCAAGAUGUGCGAGGCGCAAGCCCUUGAUUAG